GACUUGAGGACUACCUGCUGUCGGCUUCGUGCCUCAUGGAGCUGAACGCCUUCGCGCAGCGCCACGCUUGGAAGUUCGACGAAGUGGGCCCCAGCUCGCCGAAGCACGACCACCCCCACGACUGGCACGACAUCUUCCAGGAAUACGAGGAAAUGAUGCGAAGAAGGACUGAUCAGUUCCUGGACCGGGAAGGGGUGACAGCGGAGCAAGCUGUGGAAGAAUGCUUUCGGAUGAAGAACGAAGGCAACUCCAAGUUCCAAUAUUUUGAAUACCUGGCCGCAGCCGUCGACUAUCGCAAGUUCCACGCGCUAAUGCUGGAUUUCAAGGAAGGGAGGCGCAACCUGACGCACUGGUGGACUUGCUUGCAGCUGGAGGAAGAUGAUUAGGGCACCCGUGCGUCACAUCAACAUUUGAAGCCUGUGAUCAUUGGAGAUGUGCAUAGUCAACACCUCGGAUAAGAAACAACCGGCCAAGCCGCAAUGUAGCCUCAGCAAUUUGAAGACUGGGGCGCCGCUUCACAGAUUCCCUGCUGGUUUCAUGCACGUGUAGGAUGUAUAUUUUUCGCUGGCAGCUGGCCUGGGUAACUCGAACAAUUGAGGAGCAUGGCUGCAGCUGCAAUUCGCUUUGUACAGCGCGACGGUUCAUGGCUGCCACGUGGCCACCCGUUGCUGCGGGAAGACCCCGACUUCUGUGCGAGGGCUCAUCCCCGAGCCUGCAACUUCUUGCCCGGUGCGGCAUUGCGGC